CAGAAACAAGGAAGUGCAGUCGCAGUUGGAGGGUAACGUUUCUAACUGCUGCUGCUCUGCUGUUUGGAUCAGAGCUUUGAGAUGGCGGUGGACUGGAUUGGGUUCGGCUUUGCCGCAGCCAUUGCCUUUGGAGGAUUUAUGGGAUACAAGAGAAAAGGCAGUGUGAUGUCAAUGAUGGCGGGUGUAGUUUUUGGUGUGUUGUCUGCUUACGGUGCGUACAACAUCUCUAAUGACCCAAAGGACAUCAAGGUGUCAUUGCUUACUUCUGGAGUCCUCGCACUGGUGAUGGGAUCAAGAUACAAGAAAUCGGGAAAAUUAUUGCCUGCUGGUAUCAUGGCAGGGCUAAGUUUGUUGAUGGUGUUUCGACUGCUGCUGCUCCUCAUGGUGUGAAUGGAGGAAUAACGCUUUCUUUCAGUGCGCUGUCUGACUCUCAAUGAACAAACCUUGUUUUAAAGGAAGCAUCAUUCCCAGUUGUCUGUUUUGUUUGGUAACUUUAAUGUGACCAGAAACUUUGCAAAAGCCAUGAGUGAGUGUUUAAGAGAUUUAAGAUUAUGUAUUGAUCUACUAAAAACUUGGUGUUUCUUCAUGAGCAUGUUAACAAAUGAAUCUCUCGUGUUUUGAGAUGAACAGAUGUACGUGAGCUUUGUGGCUGGUAUUGUUUGUGUUGGCAGGGCUUUGCUGCGUACACUGCCACUUCAGUUUAACAGGCUGCAAGGUUUGUAACCUCUAAUAUUCAUCUUACUGACCAAGUUUAAAGAAUAAUGUUUUCUCGACUGCUCACAUACCAUGUUAAUCACUUUGAAAGGACUCAAAGUUAGUAUGUUUUUUGUAAUAAUAGCAACACUAAAUAAACAGAUGUGAUUCUUAAAA